AUUCCGCUCUGUACACUCCCAUACAGCAGGUGGCGGCAUGAGCAACAAGAUAGUCAGUUAAACUCAAAGAAGGGGAAGAAGAAGGAGAAGCAGCCUAUCACGAAACACUGAUGUGUUAGUUUGACACAUCUACUUACGGCCAAUGAGAAUUCCAUAACUACCGGUAUAUAUUUUACCAAGUCUGUAGAUAAUGAUGUUAACGUCAACAACGAUACAGAAUUCACGUCAAACUAUUUGUUUUUGAGGUAUUUCUCUGCUAGAGGUAAUUUUCAUCAGCUGUCUACAGUCAUCAUCAAAUGGUAGGCUACACACUGCUCAAGAUCACCACGAUGAGGUUAUAGAGAUCACCUGCGUGUAUCUGGAAUGAUACCGCGACAUGUCCUAGACCUUGUGGAUCGUCAGAGAAGAGGUGUUUGAUGGCUGCAGUAGUUCUUUGGCGUCAAGCUAAUGUUGCCAUCCCGGUUAGCUGGAGCCCCCUUAUUUGUCUUCUGCUGGGCUCCAUACUGUUGUUGCUGUUGCCCUCCAUUGGGCUGCAGGAGCAAUGCUGUGGUACUCUGACAGGCUUCGCCCGCUGGCGCUGCCAGUUGUGGGGAAGCCCAAAGCAUACCACCUCCCACUCAUCAAGCCUCACUGUUUCCUUUGCUUCCUUGGACCUUCUGCCUUUGAGAGAAAAGCCAAGUAAAGAAGCUAAGUUGGAAGCGCGCGCUGCCCUCCAGCAGGCCAAGGUGAUGAAACAUGAGGGCAAGCGGGAGAAAGCACACAAGCUCCUGGUGCACGCGCUCAACAUGAAUCCUGAUUAUGUGGACGCUCUGACAGAACUAGGUACCAUCCUGGAGGAGGAGAAGGAUGUGGUCCAGGCAGAUCAUCUGUACACCAAAGCGCUGGCCCUCUCUCCGUGUGACAAGCGGGCUUUAGUGAGCCGUGACCGUACACUCCCUCUGGUGGAAGAGAUAGACCAGCGCCAUUUUGAUAUCAUUGACAAAAAAGUGCGGCAACUCAUGUCCAUUUCCAAAGGAAAUUCUGUCUUGCGCCGUGUGAUGCAGGAGACUUACUAUCACCACAUUUAUCACACGGUGGCCAUCGAGGGGAACACGCUAACACUGUCUGAGAUUCGGCACAUCAUCGAGACGCGCUACGCCGUUCCAGGGAAGAGCCUGCAGGAACAGAACGAGGCCAUCGGUGUGGACGCCGCCAUGAAGUACAUGAACACCACCCUGCUGUCUCAUUCUGGUGCCAUCACCGUCAACGACAUCCUGGAGAUCCACCGCCGCGUGCUGGGCCACGCCGACCCUGUGGAGGGGGGCCGGCUCCGCACCGGUCAGGUGUUUGUGGGCCACCACAUCCCCCCUCACCCACAGGACCUGCAGCGGCACAUGCAGGAACUGGUGCAGUGGCUCAACUCCGACGAGGCGCUUAACCUUCAUCCUGUGGAGCUAUCUGCACUCGCUCAUUACAAGCUGGUGUACGUGCACCCCUUUGUGGACGGCAAUGGGCGCACCUCGCGGCUCCUAAUGAACCUGGUGCUAAUGCAAGCUAACUAUCCGCCCAUCACCAUCCGCAAGGAGCAGCGCUCGGAGUACUAUUUAGCCCUGGAGACGGCUAACGAGGGGGACAUCCGCCCCUUCAUCCGCUUCAUUGCCAAAUGCACCGAGAUGACCCUCGACACGCUGCUGAUCGCCACCACGGAGCACGCGGUUGGCCUGCCUGCCGCCAGCCAGAACCACGGCUGUCAGGAUUGCAGACAGACCAUUCCCUUUCACAACUGAGCGGAUACUUCAAGUAGCUGAUGGAAAUUUCCUUCAGGCCUUUAUAUUUGGUGGCGGUAUGAUUGUGAAGAACUCUUUCAACAGGAGGUUGGAACUAAUGGGUUAUGACAAUAACUUUGUGAAUGGGUUUUGGUUUUACCAGUCAUUAACUUUCUUCAGCUGUGGUAUCCACCCCAGAAUGUUAUCACUCUUACUCAAUUAUGAUUAGAAGAUUAUGCUGCCAAUUCCUUUGUUGCAAUGUUGAAUUUGACAUUUCCUUGUUUGUUCACACUGUAAAUGAUCAAGUUACAUUGCUUUAUGUGUUCAUUCUUAAAAUGAGCUGCCAUUUCCUUAAAUGAUGGCCCAGAUGUCCGUUCUGAAUAUUCACCCAACACCACAGGAUUCUCUUGGGUCAGAAGCGGAAAGUCAUGUUUUAGUUCCAGUAGACGGAUAUAUGCAGUUUAAAGCAGAAUUAUCCUGAUGCCCGAUUCCUGAUGUGAUUUCUCAACACAGUGCAAUUCUUUGGGUUUGUAGUGUGCCAUUGUGUUGGCGAAUGCUGACUUUAGGCAGGCUUGUGUAAUGUCAAAUUAAAUUAUUUUACUAUUUAAAAAAAAGGUUUAUAAAAUGAUCAUGCCAUUUAUUGUAGUUAUAGCAUGGAGCUUAUAUAUUAUUUAUUAUACUGUUGUAGGAGACACUUAUUUGGUCAUAUAACACUUAUCUCUGUCCUGAACAAUAGGCAGUAUUGAAGCUUUACAAACAUUUAACAAACGUUUAACACGUACAAACGUUUAACAUUGUGUUCUUUCAUGAAUUACACAUCUACAUUACAUGUCAGGACAAACCUUUCUAAAAGAAUGAAUGAAUGUAAUGUAUCCCCUCAAAUCUGAUUUUAAGUAUGAGGGAGACCUCAGCAAAGCAAACAAAGUUCAAAAGACUUGCCUACACGGACUUUUAAUGUGACUGAUAAACAAACCUGGCUUUUCCUGUUCACAAUUCUCAAGAUAAACAGUGGUUGGGUCUGGAGUUGUUACAGUACAGCAGUGCAGUUACAGCACACAAUAGUAAGUUGGUUGUUGGUAACCCACCUAUUAAGUGUGAAUGUACAGCCAGCCUGGAAGUAUUGCAAAAUAAUCCACUCCAUUGGUCAUUUGCUCUGGUCCCAGAUGGCAAAAGGCCGGUGGCCCACGGUUGGCCCAGGGUUGGCCCAGGGUUGGACCACGGUUGGCCCACGGUUGGCCCAGGGUUGGACCACGGUUGGCCCAGGGUUGGCCCAGGGUUGGAGCACGGUUGGCCCAGGGUUGGCCCACUGGGGGCAGAGCUGGCAGUCUGUUCAUUGGUGUUCGGGCUGUCCAUAGGUGAAUUACAGACAAACGACCCACUAUUAUAAACUUUUUUUUCUUUAUUAAUUCAUACUUCAUUAAUAUUCACCAACCUGUAACAUUUGUAUAGAAGGUUACCAGUUGCGUAACGUAAGUCUUUAAUUGACCAGUGCGUAACGUUAGUUUUUAAUUGACUAGUGCGUAACGUAAGUCUUUAAUUGACCAGUGCGUAACGUAAGUCUUUAAUCUGACCAUUCUUCACCUCGAGAGCCUUUUAGUGGCAUGAAUGUCUUCUGUUUAGAAGCUAUGCCAGACUAGGCCAACAUUUGGUUAUUUUCUUAAUAUCCACGCCCAGUGAAACUAAAGAUGAUGGUGGUCCGCCCAGUGAAACUAAAGAUGACGCUUUACAAAAUAUGUCCGUACACUUGAGAAAGCAAAAAAGACUGCAAACGCUUUUGCCAGGCCAAUAGGUGGUGAUAAAGUCUCCAUCAAUGAUACCAAAGAAGACCUUUCUGAGCUCGCUUUUUGACCUUACAUGCUCAAUACACAAAGCAAGAAUGGGUAUGAGCGAAUUGAGACAUGUUAUCUUAUCAUGUCUUACACGUCCACACAGAUACACGUUAAAAAAGUCUUCACUUUUGCAUGUGGCCCAAACAGAGGGAAAGGUUUGUUUGGCUAAACAUCCGCAUGAGCGUGGACACAGCGUCAUUUCAACCAUCAACCAUUCAUUAGUUCUGGUCAAAUAAGAGUCUCUUCUGCUUCAUUCAUUAGUUCUGGUCAAAUAAGAGUCUCCUCUUCUUCAUUCAUUAGUUCUGGUCAAAUAAGAGUCUCUUCUCUUCUUCAUUCAUUCAUUCAUUAGUUCUGGUCAAAUAAGAGUCUCUUCUUCAUUAAUUAGUUCUGGUCAAAUAAGAGUCUCUUCUUCAUUCAUUAGUUCUGCUCAAAUAAGAGUCUCCUCUGCUUCAUUCAUUAGUUCUGGUCAAAUAAGAGUCUCUUCUUCAUUCAUUAGUUCUGCUCAAAUAAGAGUCUCUUCUCUUCAUUCAUUCAUUCAUUAGUUCUGGUCAAAUAAGAGUCUCUUCUUCAUUCAUUCAUUAGUUCUGCUCAAAUAAGAGUCUCUCCUCUGCAUCAUUCAUUCAUUAGUUCUGGUCAAAUAAGAGUCUCUGCUUGCUUCAUUAGUUCUGGUCAAAUAAGAGUCUCCUCUGUUUCAUUCAUUAGUUCUGGUCAAAUAAGAGUCUCUUCUUCAUUCAUUCAUUAGUUCUGCUCAAAUAAGAGUCUCCUCUUCUUCAUUCAUUCAUUCAUUAGUUCUGGUCAAAUAAGAGUCUCUUCUUCAUUCAUUCAUUAGUUCUGCUCAAAUAAGAGUCUCCUCUUCUUCAUUCAUUCAUUCAUUAGUUCUGGUCAAAUAAGAGUCUCUUCUGCUUCGCUCAAAUAAGAGUCUCCUCUGCUUCAUUCAUUAGUUCUGGUCAAAUAAGAGUCUCUGUUUCAUUCAUUAGUUCUGCUCAAAUAAGAGUCUGUUCUGCACCAUUUGCACACAAUGUCAUCUGCCUUAAUCUGGAACUCAAAAGCACAGGGGGUUGAAUACUUGCGCAAGUAGUAUAUUUCAGUUUUCAAUUCAUUGUUUUAAUGUUAGCAGACAAAUAAAAUAUAUUGCCUUUGGAAAAAUAUGUGUAUCUUUCAGGGGGUUGAAUACUUGCCAUGGUAUUUUAAUGGCUCGUUGCCAUGGUAUUUGAAUGGCUCGUUACUUGGUUUCAGUGGUUUGGCAAUUGUUAUUGUCUCUUUACCUUCAAAUAAAACUUAUUUCAAUGCUUCAAAA